AUGGAGUCCAAGGACAAUACUGCUAAUGCUGGAGGGAGUAGCAGUGAGGGAGCUGGCUAUAAGGCUAGUAGUGACUCUACGGUGCCUCUUAGCUUCGCAGGGAGUACAGACCCGAUCCCUGCGAAGAACUGGAUUUGGGAAAUUGAGAAGAUUUUGGUUAUUUUACAUUGUAUGGAUGAGCAAAAAAUGCUUUACACGACAUUUAAGUUGACUGGAGAAGCCGAAAUGUGCUGGGAAUCGGUAAGGAUGUUGGAGGAGCAGAAACCGGUACCAGUGGGGAUGACGUGGAGACAUUUUAGAGAAGUGUUCUUUGAGCGGUACUAUCCAGCCUAUGUUAGGAAUAUAAAUAUGGAGGAGUUCAUGAGCUUGACUCAGGGGCAGCUGACAGUUCAGCAGUACGCCGCCCGAUUCAUGGAGCCAUCUCAUUUUGCUUCUUUUAUGAUACCGGAUGAGGCGAGGAAAGCUUGGAAGUUUAAGAAGGGUUUGAAGAAGGAAAUCUUGAAGUAG